CUUAACAUUGGAUUUGCGCUAGAUUCAGGAAUGGCGACUCUUGGAGAUAAGUUUGUCGCGUUUAAUGGGGAAAAAUAUGCCUGGAAUAUACGAGUAUGCUGUCAAGGCACCUCUGGAGACGCAGAGCUCUUGUUGGACGACACUCCGGGAGAAAGAAUGAGUCGUGUUUUGCAGAAAUUUUUCGCUUUCAGAACAAUGGAAAUGGAAAAACUGACAGCCAACCCUGACUGGACGCUUGCAAAUGUCAUCAGCAUUAAUCUAACAAAAAUUGAAGGUGGUGGUCGAAGGAAUAUGGUCCCAUCAGAAUUUGUGCUAUAUUUUGAUUGUCGCAUUCCCUUUGAAAGAAUGGAUGUAGAUGAAUUAGAACCAACAAUGGAUCAAUGGUGCCACGACGUUAGUAAUAGUGUAUUGAUUGACUAUACACUCCAGGAACUACCGAUUAACCCAACACGGAUCAACGAUCCAUAUUGGGUUACUUUUGAAAAAGCGGUUGAAGAAGUAGAGGUUCAAAUGUUCCCAGGUCGUACAGACAGUCGACAUUUACGAAACGCGGAAAUACCAGUCGUCAGUUUUUCGCCCAUUAUCAACACGCCUGUGCGAUUACACGGCCAUGAUGAACAUAUAGGGAUUCAAACUUUUCUAGAUGGAAUAACCAUAUAUUGUCGUAUUUUAAGAGAGCUGGGGGAGUUGAUGGAAUAA